GUAUUUUGUUCAGGUUAGAUUUCUUUUCAUUUUCCUACAUUUUCUUUGCAACCAAACGUUGGUUUAGUUACUCGUCUGGUUUUUCAAUCAUUUGCUUUGCUGAAUAAUUCUCUGAUUUGAUAUGUACUUAUUCGUUUUUCGCAAUGCAAAUCGCUGAAUUAUUUAUGUGCACAUAGACCGAUUCUUGCAAUGGGUUCUGUCUGGUUACCUGGAAACUGGUGGGAAAUUAAGGAAGCUACAUGCUUGAAUCAUUGAUUUCGUUAAUGGCUUCUCGAAAAAGCAAGUGAAGUAACAUUUAUCAGUAUCUGCUAGGAUGACUUUGAGUAAUGGGAAGGUUCACGCAGUGACUAGUAAUGGAGGAGAUGCGAACAAACCCUUCAAGAUCUUCGUGGGUUAUGAUCCACGCGAGGAUCUUGCGUAUGAGGUCUGUCGCCAUUCGAUCUUGAAGUGGUCCUCGAUCCCCGUCGAGAUCAUACCAAUAAAACAAUCAGAUCUGAGAAAGAGUGGUUUAUAUUGGCGCGAAAGAGGCCAAUUCGAGAGCACUGAGUUCUCGUUUUCUCGGUUCUUGACACCUUGCUUGGCCAAUUAUGAGGGUUGGGCAAUGUUUGUGGACUGUGAUUUUCUGUACUUGACAGACAUUAAGGAAUUGACGGACUUGAUCAAUGAUAAGUAUGCAAUUAUGUGUGUUCAGCACGACUAUACCCCAAAAGAGACUACAAAAAUGGAUGGGGCUGUGCAAACAGUGUAUCCAAGGAAGAAUUGGUCUUCAAUGGUGCUGUACAAUUGUGGACAUCCCAAGAACCGGGUCUUGACCCCUGAGGUCGCGAAUACCCAAACGGGUGCUUUUCUUCAUAGGUUUCAGUGGCUUGAGGAUGAUGAAAUUGGGUCGAUCCCAUUUGUUUGGAAUUUUCUCGAGGGCCAUAACAAGGUUGUUGAGAAUGAUUCCACGACUUUCCCUAAGGCGAUACACUAUACUCGUGGAGGACCCUGGUUUGAGGCUUGGAAGAAUUGUGAGUUUGCGGACCUGUGGUUGAAUGAAAUGGAGGAGUACAUGAAGGAAACGAAGAAGAAAGUUGAAGAGUAGAUUGAAUCAACAGGUGGCAUAACACAUUUAUAUUCUAGUAUUUGUUACUUGUUUUCAUGCGUCAUUCUUUAUGUUGAAUUUGUUAUGUGAAUCCUAGAGCUGAUGAUGAUUUAAUGGGGGCAGUAGAACCAUAGGGCAUUGCAGGCAUAUAUGUAAAUGCCUUCGCAGUAGUAGUUAUUUGCACUAGUUAUUAUAUAGGCAUUGCAGCCUUGCAGGCAUGUAUCUGCAUUACAUAUGUUAAAUUGUUUAACGGCCACAGCCGGGUGUAACUUUUUGCUAUUUAUGCAAUGGAAUUGAUUUAUUUAUCAGAAU